AUGCCGGUUCAGGUCCAUGAUGCCCAUAUUGGCUGGGUACACAGCGAGAUGAUGGAGUGGCAAUUUGCAAAUCUUCUCAGUCGAGCGGAGGUGGAGCUUUGUCGUUCCAACGUCGGCACAACAAUUGACUUCAUCAAAGGAUCUAAAAUGCAGCCAGAUUUGUAUUUUUGGGUUAAUCGGACCACGUUGCCGACCUUCUCAAUCGAGACUGGGUGGAGUGAGUCAUUUCCGCGGCUCCUUCGAGAUAAAGAGCUCCUUUUAGAUGGAAGCCAGGGAGCAUGCCAAACCGUCAUGAUAAUAUCAUGGCGAAAACAUGUUAGAAACAGAGUUGCAGGAAACAUGCAAGUCUGGAAAUGGGACCAGGGACAAAAGACCCUGAGUCAAACUCUGCAAAUUUUUCCUCGGCCCACCAAUGGGCACCUUCAGACUGUCAACUUGACGCGUAUGGAGAUUUUUGGGCAAUCAAUCUUACCCGGAAGAAAUCCCGCGGACACCUUUACCCUACACCUUGACAACCUGCGGAAUAUUGCCGGCGACGCUAUCCACCUGAUGGGAUAUACACCAGCAUAG